AUGGUUUUAGCGGACUUGGGGAGACGGAUCAACAACGCCGUUUCGGAGGUGACGCGAUCCAAUGUGGUUGAUCAGAGCGUGGUGGACACCAUGCUCAAGGAGAUUUCGAAUGCGUUGAUGGAGGCGGACGUGGACAUCAAACUUGUGAUACAACUGAGAAAGAAGUUGAAAGGCAAGAUUGAGGCGGAGGAGGAGAAGCCUGGUGUGAAUAAGAAGAAGAUCAUCCAGAAGGCUGUUUUCGAUGAGCUCUGCGACCUAGUGGACGUGAAGGAGGCAGAAGUGUUCAAGCCCAAGAAGAAGCAGACGAACGUCAUUAUGUUUGUCGGGUUACAAGGUGCCGGUAAGACGACCACGUGUACGAAGCUUGCUGUGUACUACCAGAGAAGAGGUUUUAAAGUAGGGAUGGUGUGUGCGGAUACGUUCAGAGCGGGUGCGUUUGAUCAGCUCAAGCAGAAUGCCACCAAGGCCCGGAUUCCAUAUUUUGGUUCCUACACUGAGAGCGACCCGGUGAAGGUUGCACACGAAGGUGUGGAGAAGUUCAAGAAGGAGAAGUUUGAAAUCAUUAUUGUGGACACGUCUGGUCGUCACAGACAGGAGGAGGAGUUGUUCAAGGAGAUGGUGGAGAUCGGGGAGGCGGUGAAGCCGAACCAGACGAUCAUGGUGUUGGAUGCGUCGAUUGGACAGGCGGCCGAGGCGCAGGCCCGGGCGUUCAAGGAGUCGUCGAACUUUGGUGCGAUAAUUUUGACGAAGAUGGACGGCCAUGCGAAGGGUGGUGGUGCGAUCUCUGCCGUUGCUGCCAGCAAGACGCCGAUUGUGUUUAUUGGUACCGGUGAGCACAUCCACGACUUGGAGAGCUUCACGGCGAAGCAGUUUGUGUCGAAGUUGCUCGGGAUCGGAGACAUCCAGGGGUUGAUGGAGCACGUGAAGACGUUGAACUUGGACCAGAACGACAGCAUAAAGAACUUCCAGGAGGGUAAGUUUACGCUGAGAGACCUCCAGUCGCAGAUGAACAAUAUUUUAAAGAUGGGCCCCUUGUCGAAGAUUGCGCAGAUGCUCCCCGGCGGGAUUGGUGACAUGAUGAAUCAGGUUGGUGAGGAGGAGACGUCCAAGCGGUUCAAGCGUAUGAUCUGCAUCAUGGACUCGAUGACCAAGACGGAGCUUGACAGCGACGGGUCGCUAUUCAUUGACGAACCGUCCAGAAUCAUUCGUGUGGCCCGCGGGUCUGGCACCAGUGUUACAGAGGUGGAGGCGGUGCUCUUGCAGAGAAACAUGUUUGCGAGAAUGGCGCAGACCACGAAGAACAUGCAGCAGAACAUGCCACCGGGCAUGGGCAAGAACAUGAAUCCGCAGCAGAUGCAGAAGGCCAUGCAGCAGAUGCAGUCGAACCCGGGCAUGAUGGAGAACAUACAGAAGAUGAUGGGCGGCAUGGGCGGCAUGCCGGGGAUGCCUGGGCUGCCGGGCAUGGGUGGCGGUGCUGGGGCCGGCGGCAUGCCGGGUAUGCCUUCACAGCAGGACAUGAUGAAGAUGAUGAACGACCCGAACAUCAGACAGAUGGCCCAGCAGAUGAGAAAGCAGUUUGGCAUGUAG